GCUACCCACACCUACAAGUUCGAUGUCAAGAUGACCUGCAGUGGCUGCUCCGAUGCCAUUGAACAUGCAUUGAAGAAGGCACAAGCUGAUGACUCCUACAAUGUAAGCUUGGAAAAGCAGGAGGUCAUCGUGAAGGGGUCGAUCCCGUAUGACACGUUGCUGGAGAAGACCAAGAAGAUGGAUAAGGAGGUGUGUGUACGAGGUGACUAG